ACACCCGCGUAACCCCCUGAGCCCCAGCCAUCUUUCCCUCUGUUGGGCUGGGAGGCUGGAGAGGGUCUUGUGAAGUGUGUGUGUGGGCGUUAAAAUAGUAGCUAAAAUACUGUAGGUCUGACCCCAUUUCUUUUUACCCACUUCCUAUAUUAACUUGAAAUGUAUGCAAGUCGGUGUUGUUGUUUGUCAUAUUCAUAAUGUUGUCUCAAGAUUCCUUUCUGCUCUUUUCCCUGACGUGUUUCAAGUUUCUGGGGCAAUUGAACUAAGUGAGAUUUCAUUUGACAUAUGCAAAAUCAGCAGGAGAGACUUUUAAAAACAUCCUCAAAAUGAAUAAUGUGUCAUUUCCUUAAUGUAUGAAACAUGAGGAUUUGUUAAAAUAAUUGUUUGUUCUUGGGUUAGAUGUAAGUCUCUAACAUUCAGGACACCAUCUAGCCUUCCCUGUCCUUAGUUUGUAGCAGAUAAAAGGUUUAGAUAAUGCCUGAAACAACCCCCCUGCCCCUUUUUUUUCUUAAUGCAUUUAAGUGGAGGGUUGCAGAAUAAUCAAUUUACCUUGUUUUCAGGGUCUUUUCAAGUUGUUGUGAUAUGAAUGAAGGCGCCUUUAAAAUCUCACUCAAUCACAAUUGUUUAAUGUUUUAUUGAUGUGAACAUAGUAAAAUCCUUCAUCACAAGAAGAUGAUUUUAAAAAAUCCAAAAUUAAAGAGUUCCUCUAUGUGAAACUUAAUAAGAUCUCUGUUACUACUAAGCUGCUCUUCAAGGAAAUGUGUGUUGAAAGACCCUAAUUGCAGGAAUUCAAAUAUAGUCCAGUUAUGACUUUCAGUUUUGAAAAAUCUUCAGAAAUUCUAGGGUUAUCCUCUCAAUUGACUUCAUUCUAAACUUCAGUAAUACAGUAGACAUUGAACAAAAAGGGUUGUUUUUGUAAGAAUAGUUGUUUAAUUUUGUGCAUAGUUUUUAAGGAUCGAUUGUUUACUAAUCUCUACUGUGGUUAAAUAGUUUAGGUUACUAAUAUAGAGAGAAACAUGUUACAGAAAGUUGUUCUAUACCCCUUAUUCAACCCUGGGAUUUGUUUCGAUUUCUGUAAUGGAUGUUGGAAUGGUUUGGUUCUGUCAGUGCCAGAAGUUAAUGUGUUCAAGUGCAGUUAAAUGGUAUGUUCAGAUGAUGUCUGUUGUCAACCAUGGGUUAUUUUCCUAAUGUAGACAAGGUCACACUUAAGUUUUUUGCAGGUUUUCUGCGCAAGGGAGUGGUUGUAGGAAACAAGGAGAAGAGAAACAACUUGUUGUUUUUUUUUAAUAAGAUACUAUUUUCAAAUUCAAAAAUUAGGAUGUGUUUAUUUGCUUAGAGCUAUGCUUAAGGCCUUGGUCUCUAUUAGGACAAUUGGGAAAUCAAGUGGAAUUGCAAAACAUCAACUGUGGACAUGUCCUUAAUUAUUUUUUUACUUAAAAACAGCCUAUUUGUUGUCUGCUUGAACAAAGUGCAAGGAAAGUAGUGCCAACAGAUAGUUAUGGACUUAUGGUUUUAUUAGAGUACUUAUUACCCAAGUAAGUUGGAUGUAGGUGUGCUGUUUUUGUUUUGUCCAAUUUCUCCAAUUGUGUUUCUCUUUUGAGGGUAUGAACAUUGGGAGAUUGUCUAUUACCGUGGAAAAAGAAGAGUUAGCCUAAACUCCAAGUUACACAUUCUCUCUCUUCUUAAACUUUGAAGUAACUUAAGGAUAAUAGAAAGCUGUCCUUGCCAGAAGAAUGUUUUAUGUAAGGAUUCUUAUUUUCAUAUGACUGAACUAUAACCAGAACAAGGUCUUCAGUGUGUUUUAAAAGAGUCAGAAUUGUUUUGCAACAAUAGGUAUGCAUGUCCAUAAGUCUUCUAGUGGCUAUUAGGCAGAUUUAUUGUUGACCAAUGGGAAAAGUCCCACUUAAGUAAUGCUUUGCAUUAAUGCCUUUCCUGCAAGAAUCUCAAGGCACUUGUACAAAUAUUAAACUUUACAAUAUGCAUGUGAGGGGUGUGUAUGUGCAUAUACUAUAUGUAUGUAUGCUCAUUUUACUGGUGAGUAGACAUGAGGCACAUAGAAGUUAAGUGAUUUCCCAAGGUCACGCUCCAAGUCAGUGAAAGCUUGGAAAAGAAACCAGCCUUGAUUUCCCAUUCCUUCCUCUAACUGCUGUAUUGCAUUACCUUUCCCAAUGUACAAGUCCCUUUGCUUUCAGUUUUUAUUUUUUUUAAAUUUCUCAGGAAUUUAUCAGUGUUUACGGAAAUUAAAAGCAACAAAUAGAGAAACGUAACCCUAUUAAAAGACAAAGUAGUUUAAUAUUGUGGUUUAUUAAUGAACUGUACAUUAACAAAAUGCACAUAGAUGCAUGCGCACACAUUCAUGUGCAUCUGUCUUUCUCUACGUUACCUUACUUUAACAGACUUAUUUGCACUCCUAGAAUAACAUUAUUAACAUGAAUACAUCUACUUAAUGUAUUGAAUUUUUCUUAACAUAAUAAGUAUUUUCAUGUACCUGAGUGGCCCAAAAUUUUGGUAAAAAUCAAUUAAAAAACCCCCAAAUUACAGCUUUUGUAAAACCUGGGAAUUUUUCAGUAAAUAUUGAAAACAAAGGGCCUUAUCAAUGUAUGAAUCUAACCAUCUUGUGUAAUUACAUUUUAUUUUUUUCUAUGUUGCUCUUUGGAAGACCCACACAACUGAGGAGAAAUUGACUGGGCUACACCUUAGUAUAAAAUAAUCACAUUUGAAAAAAGACAAAUGUUUUACUCUGAUCUUUCAAUUACGAUGGUGAAAAAAUAUCUGAGUGCUAACAUUGCUCUCCUAGAUAGAAGACAAGAGAUCCUAUUUGAAUGGAAUGUUAAACUGUCAGCUGAAGUAGAACCAUUUAUUCCUCAGAAGAAGGGUCCUGAUACACUUAUGAUAUCUAUGGCUCUCCCUAAUGAGAGUGGAGGUGUUAAUGGAGUGGAACCAACUCCUAUUCCUAGCUACCUGAUUACUUGCUACCCAUUUGUACAGGAAAACCAGGCCAACAGACAAUUUCCAUUAUAUAAUAAUGACAUCAGAUGGCAGCAGCCAAACCCAAACCCCACAGGACCUUACCUUGCUUAUCCUAUUAUAUCUGCUCAACCACCUGUCUCUACAGAGUAUACAUAUUACCAGUUUAUGCCAGCCCCAUGUGCACAAGUCAUGGGUUUCUAUCAUCCUUUUCCUGCACCCUACUCUGCACCCUUUCAGACAGCAAGUGCUGUAAGUACAGUUACAACUGAAUGCACUGAUCGCCCAAACCAGCCAGGCCAGGUCUUUCCAUUAUCCAGACAGCGAAGCAAAAGCAGUAACAGGGGACCAGCUGCGCAAAAGCAACUACAGUUACAGACACACACAAAAAGCAAAAGGGUUCCAGUGAAAAGUGUGGCUAUCCAAAAAGAGACCAGUGUAUCAGGCCCUGAGAACAGAUCAAAAAUUGUGCUGUUGGUUGAUGCAUCUCAGCAAACAGAUUUUCCUUCAGAGAUAGCUAAUAAGUCACUUUCUGAGAGCUCUAGUACAAUGCUAUGGAAAUCAAAAGGCAGGCGAAGACGUGCAUCCCAUCCUGCUGCAGAGUCCUCCAGUGAACAAGGGGCCAGUGAAGCCGAUAUUGACAGCGAUAGUGGUUACUGCAGUCCUAAACAUAGCAACAAUCAGGCUGCUGCUGCCGCCAUGACUUCAAAAAAUACAGAUUCUGGUGCAAUGAAUAUUGUAGAACCAUCAAUAAAUGCAGCUGCCAUAAGUUGGACUAAUGUAAAUUCCCAGGCAACUCAGAAAAAACCUUGGAUAGAAAACCCUCAUUCAUUUUCCAGAGGUGGAAGACCAGCUGAACAGAGAAAUAGUUCACAGUCUGGUUUCAGAUGCAGGGGACAAAGCACAUCUUCAGAAAGAAGGCAAAAACUUCAGAAGCGACACGAGAAGCCUUUAACCACAAGCCAAUCAAGCAGAGCAGAACAAAGUCCCAAACCCUUGUACUUUGAGGAUGAAGAUGAAUUUCCAGAGUUAAAUAGUGACAGUGGAAGUGGCAAAGGUGGUAACAUUCAGCAAAAAUUUUCACCAAAAGUACUGGAUGAUUUACCUGAAAAUUCUCCAAUCAAUAUAGUCCAAACUCCAAUUCCUAUUACAACCUCUGUACCCAAACGUGCAAAAAGUCAAAAGAAGAAAGCCUUGGCAGCAGCACUUGCCACAGCUCAAGAAUAUUCAGAAAUAAGUAUGGAGCAGAAGAAACUCCAGGAGGCUUUAUCCAAAGCAGCUGGGAAGAAGAGUAAAGCUCCUGUGCAGCUAGACUUAGGGGAUAUGUUAGCAGCGCUUGAGAAACAGCAACAAGCAAUGAAAGCCCGUCAGCUCACCAAUACCAGGCCCCUCUCAUACACAGUUGGCGGUGGUGCACCUUUUCAUACCAAAGAAUCUACCAACAGAAAGUCAUUAACUAAAGGACAGCCAUCUGUGGGUUGUCUUAAUCCUUUGGACUCAACUGCUCCAAAAGUAAAAAGAGGGAAAGAGAGAGAAAUUUCCAAACUAAAGCGCCCGACAGCACUUAAAAAGAUUAUUUUAAAAGAGAGAGAAGAAAAGAAAGGACGCUUAUCUGCAGAUCACAGUCUUCUGGGAUCUGAUGAACAGAAAGAGGUGCCCGUAUGUUUGACUGAUGACCAGUCUCAGGAGUUAACCUCUCAAGAAGAACCGGGGCUAAGUAUGCCUAGUGAUACUUCACUCUCUCCAGCAAGUCAGAACUCUCCAUAUUGCAUGACUCCAGUGUCACAAGGCUCACCUGCCAGUUCAGGGAUAGGUAGUCCAAUGGCAUCUUCAACAAUCACUAAAAUUCAUAGCAAGAGAUUUAGAGAGUAUUGUAAUCAAGUUCUAAGUAAAGAAAUAGACGAGUGUGUGACUUUGCUAUUGCAAGAGCUUGUCAGCUUCCAGGAACGCAUUUACCAAAAGGAUCCCAUGAGAGCUAAAGCAAGGAGAAGGCUUGUUAUGGGUUUGCGUGAGGUUACUAAGCACAUGAAGUUAAACAAGAUAAAAUGUGUGAUCAUUUCUCCUAACUGUGAAAAAAUCCAGUCAAAAGGUGGAUUGGAUGAAGCUCUAUAUAACGUAAUAGCCAUGGCACGAGAGCAAGAGAUUCCUUUUGUCUUUGCACUUGGACGUAAAGCUCUUGGUCGUUGUGUGAACAAGCUAGUUCCUGUUAGUGUGGUGGGAAUCUUCAACUAUUCUGGUGCUGAGAGCCUGUUUAAUAAGUUGGUCUCGCUGACUGAGGAGGCCAGAAAGGCAUACAGAGAUAUGGUUGCAUCAAUGGAGCAGGAGCAGGCAGAAGAGGCCUUAAAGAAUGUUAAGAAAGCACCCCAUCACAUGGGUCAUUCUCGUAAUCCCUCUGCAGCAAGUGCGAUUUCAUUCUGUAGUGUUAUUUCAGAGCCCAUAUCUGAAGUGAAUGAGAGAGAAUAUGAAACAAACUGGAGAAACAUGGUGGAAACAUCUGAUGGGUUAGAAACCUCUGAAAAUGAGAGAGAGUCCUCAUUUAAGACAACUGCACCAGAAAAAUCUAGCAGUGUUCAAAUUGAGAAAGCCACUGUUAACAAACAGCCACUUACAGCUACAACCGGAACUACCUCAACUGCAAGUCAUGGAAAAUCCUUGCCAAGUGACAAAGAAGAGGUGAAGCCAGAUGACAAUCUGGAAUGGGCCUCACAGCAGAGUACAGAGACAGGAUCUUUGGAUGGCAGCUGUCGUGAUCUUUUGAAUUCCUCCAUGACCAGUACCACCAGUACUCUUGUACCAGGAAUGCUUGAAGAAGAGGAGGAGGAUGACGACGAAGAUGAUGAGGAUUACACCCAUGAACCUAUAUCAGUAGAGGUUCAACUUAAUAGCAGAAUUGAAUCUUGGGUCUCAGAGACCCAAAGAACUAUGGAAACCCUUCAACUUGGGAAGACCCUUAGUGGUGCAGAGGGAGACCAUGCAGAACAAAGUGAAGAGGAAGAGUUAGAAACACCUGAGCAGGUAGAUCCAGUAAUUGAUGGUGAGGAAUGGACAACUGAUAAGCACGCAAGUAAUGCCCAACAUAAACCCACGAUCAGCAAUUCUUCGAAUAAAGAACACACAGAUUCCAAUUACGUGUUGUAAAAAUAAGCACAAACUCAGGAACUCUUUAAAAUUAUAAUUAACUGUUGUAAGGGUUGCAGCCAUUACUUUGUAUGCUUCAUCUCAACAUUUUGCACUGUUUAACAUUUAAUGUAUGUAUUUAAUUCACAACAAAUAUUUGUAGCUGUCUUUUGUUAAUUGUUUCAUUAAAACCUAUAGUUUAGCUUUUAAUCAGUAUCUGUAUUUCCCAGAAUUGAAACCAUCUGUGUAAAAAUUUCAGUCAGUAUUAGAUAGUCACUUGAGCUUCUUUUGUAAACGGAGAAACUAUUUAUAAAUGACCAAUUGUAAGCAAAAAUCUUCUUAAAUUUGACUGUUUAUCUUUUUUUCAACACAUGAGCUGAUCUAUGUUUUAAGACUUGCAACAGUUACCAACGUUUUGCAUUGCUGAUACCCCAAUCAUUUUAACCUGAUUGGCUAUAAUUUUCUAAUUAUACCAGGAAAUAAAAUGGAAGAGAAGCCAGAAAAAUCCAAAAACAUUUUUCUUUCAGUCAAAAGGAAGAGGAGAUUAUAGAGAAAUGUAUGCAUGAUUCUUAUGCUAAGACAGAUGCAGCUUUUAGUUGGGUCUAUGAGGGUAUAUCGCAAAAGAUGCGGACUGUAAUGAGAUGGUUACAAUAUGUUAGAAUAACUUUAACCCAAAACCACAUAGCAAAAUAAUUGUAGUUAAUGUAUGUGUUUGCUUUUUUCCAAUGAAAUACUUAAAAAAAAAAAAAUCACUGUGUGCGGAGUCAAAGUAAGGGAACCAUUAACCAUGACCACCAUCCAUGUUGUUCUUAGUAACUGACUGCUUCCUUAUUCUUUCACUUACCUCAGGAAUGCUGAUGUGCAUAAUUUUAUUUACAUUAAAUAAAACAGGCAUAAGUGAUCUGAGUAUUUAACAGUAAGUGUGACUGAUAUAAUAGCUAAGUGUAUGGUUGUGUUCACUUGCAUGCUUUGAUUCUGGCCACUUUUAUAUUAAGUUCAGGAUCAAUUUUAGGAUUAAUUCUCAUUGAGAAUGUGAACUCUUGUUCUUCAGUUGUAGCAGCCUAGUAGUUGACUUCUAGAGUAGUAAAGUAGUUGUUCUGGGAAGGCAGGAAAGUGCCUUGGAGUUCUGAGAGGUGUCAGUGGUUCAAAAAAAAAAAAAGGCCAGAAACGAAUAAGCUGCCAUAGAAUUAUCCAUUUUUGUUCCUAGUAUUGAAAUGAAAUCCAUUCUCUGGUGAUGAAUUUAUUUCAGAUUGGGGAUGGAGUAUAUGUCUAAUCCUUGCACACUAAGAGUCUGAAUUUUCUAACUUUGUCCAGUACUGGCAAUAAAGGUACUGAAGCCAUCAGCACCAAGGACUUGACUACAGGAGUAGCCAAAGAACCAUUUUCACGAAUAACAGUUUUUCAUGGCAAACAUAGAUUUGUUUUAAUUCUACUUCAUUAUUCUCUAGACCACUUCCAUUUAAAAAAAGGUAACUUUCAGUAACACAAAAUACAUGGACAUUUUAGUUGCACAUUUAGUUUACAUAAUUUGGGACCAGCACUUUUUUAGUAUUUGUAAUACUGGUAUUUCAUGUUGCACUGGGAAACUCAGACUCCAGGUUUAGGAAAUAUCUAGUCCUGUCUUUCAGAUGGUAAUGAGCAUUGUGGAAACAAAGAGUUUGAGUAUUAUGUAAAUAACACUUUGGUAUCUGUAGACAUAGCAAAUGCUAUGCAGGACAUUGUUGAAGAGCUGUCCUGUCAUGUUCUUAGUUCCUUGAUAUAAUCUUCCUAGAUAUUAGCAACAGACUUUUAUAGGAAUACAAAGAGUAAAGAAUGAUGCCUCCUAAAUAUUAACCCAAUUGUUUGUACUGCAGAUUUUAUUGUGCAUACACUUCGAAAGGUUUAGUUGAUUUAGGAAAUGAUAGGGGUUUGAACUGCUGACAGAGGAUCAAUGUUUGCCCUUGGAUGUGUAAGCACAGCUUCUGUCAACAACUAAGAUCAUCUGUGCACACUAAGGAUAGAAUUUGACCUAGAUUUUCCCAAAAUGGAAAGUGGGAUUACAAAAAACUAUAAUCAUCUGUACAUUUCCUUUUGCUUAUUCCAUGACAGUGAUUCAAAUAACUCUUGAUCUUGAGGUAGUAGCAUUACAAAGGUUUCUUUUUUGUCUCUUCUGAACUUGGACAGUCAUUUUAAGAUUUGACAUUUAUAUCAAACAGGAAAUCUACUUGUAAUCUUCAACCCACUGUUUAAUUGUAAUUUUGCUACAGAUUACAUAAGUAUAUUAUGAGUUCAUUAAAGAUGAUACAGCUCAUCUAGUACCUCUAUUUGCCAGCAAACAAGGAGAAUCUUUGAAAAUGUGAAUGAUCAUCUCCAGAAAGGCAAACCAAAACAGAGUAAAGGAAACCAUCCAUUUAGAACGUUUCCUUUUGAUAAGAUGAGAAUGAGAGAUAAUUGCGAAUGGAAUGACUGUGUGUCUGGGAAGAGGUCCAUUUGCAUCUAAAAUUAGGGAAGUUCCUUGCAAUGUGCAGCACUUAAGAGGUAUAAUCUUGAUCUUGUGGUAAUCUUGUUUCUAUCAGCAACAGAAAUAAAAAAAGCAUAACCUUUCCGAUAGGUUAUUUUAUAGUGCCAUGAUUAAUUUUUUAAGAUAGCUGGAUUUCUAUUUCACUAUAAAAAUAUACAAUUUAUUGUACAGGUUGUUACACUCCAAAAAACAGAUGUUUCUGGAGUUAUAUGACUAUAGAUAUGUUUUUUUGUUGUGAAGAUUAUUCAGAAAACAAAUAUCCAUUUUUUUUCUUUCAAAGACUAUUGGAUUAUUUAGAUUUCAUGCAUCUGGCAAAACAUGAAAAAUAAUGUGUGGUAGGGCAUCUUUACAAAUGAAUUGAUAGAGGUGACUAUGCAUAGAAAUUAUUUUAUAUAACACUUCUGGUAUUUGUGCAAAAAUAAAUUUAGGGGAAAAAAUCUGGAGAACGUAGUCCUUCAUCAGACCAAAUAUAUAUAUUUUUUGUCUGAGUAAGGAUGAAGGCCCUGGUCCUGCAAAUACUUACUUACAUACUUGACUUUAGGAACACGAGUAGUUCCACUGAUCUCAGCAGACCUAUUGGUAUGCUUAAUUGAAACACCUUUGUAAGUGUUUGCAGGAUUGGAACCAAACAAUGACUGCAGGAUUUGUCCCGUAUUUUUAAAAUUAAAAAACUAUAGAAAAUGUUCUUCAAUAAUGCACUUGUCUGAUUUCUUAACAUAAAGGUGGGAGAUCUCUAAUGCUUAUGUGGGUGAGGAUUUUCACGUGAUUCAGUCCAGUUCUUUAACAUGAAGUUUAAAUUUUAAUAACAUUACUUUAAAUAUGAAUGCAAAAAAGUUUUAUUGUUUGAAAAGCUGCUGUUUGCUAAAACUGUCUAAGUAUUCUCUGUGAAGUUGUGCCAACUAAUCAAAAUAUCCAGUUGAUUUUAAUGUUGAUCAUAUUUUAAUCAUUAAAAUUCAAUGUGAAGAUUUGUUUACAAAAACAAAAACCAGCAGAAGAAAGCCAUAGAUGCAGCCUAUCUGGGUUUUUAGCCAUCCCUUCCACACACAAUGAAAUGUAAGAAUGUCUAACUUGAAAUUUAUACUGAGUGAUAACACUGAAAUUAGCAACACAGUUGGCACAGCCCACCUUCUAAAUGUUCAUAAAUGGUUCAUAUAUUUUUUAAUAGAUUCUAAUAAGAUAAACAGUUAAUCUUUAAUGUCAUAACAUUUGUAGCAAAACUUAGGUUAAACAGUAGAAAAUUAUUAUAAAAGAUGAAGGGUUUUGUUUUCUUUUUUGCUGUAUGAAGGAUAAUUGUUCGAUCUACCAUACUUUUUUGGAGUAAUAGCUUUUUUUGCACUAUGUAAAUACUAGUGGGGAUUCUUCCAUAAACUAAUAAAAGUGAUUGUAGAAAUA